UAUUACAGGCAGCGUCAGGACAACUACAACGUCCGCUAUAUUGGAGGUCCUUACCUAUCAGACUUGCUUUCUCCUGGAUAGCAAGCGCUGCAAUGGCGGAUUACGAUAACUACGAUGACCGGGACCGGGCUUAUGGUAGCUUUGGCGGUGGAAGAGGAGGUGGCGGCGGCGGUGGCAGGGAUGGACCCCGCAAGCAGAAGGAGCUCCCCACGGAGCCGCCGUACACCGCGUACGUGGGCAACCUGCCCUUCAACACUGUGCAGGGCGACAUCGACUCCAUCUUCAAAGACCUCCAGGUCAGGAGCGUGCGGCUCGUCCGCGACAAAGAGACAGACAAAUUCAAAGGUUUUUGUUAUGUAGAGUUUGACGACAUCGAAUCCCUCAAAGAAGCUUUGGCGUACGAUGGUGCACUUCUGGGAGAUCGGUCAUUGCGGGUGGACAUUGCAGAGGGCCGAAGGCAAGAACGAGGAGCCGGUGGCUUUGGCUUCCGAAAAGAUGACAGAGGACGCGGAAGCUCACGUGGUGGUCCCAGAGGAGGGGGAGGACGAGAGGACUUCGACCAAUCUGGAGGAGGAGGCUUUAGAGACGAUGACUUUGGUGGGAGGAGUCGCGGUGGCGGCGGCGGCGGCGGCCGCCCUGGCGAGCGUAGGGGUGGCAUGGCCGGCGGUGGCAGAGAGGGCGGUGGCGCACCCAUGGGGGGACGCUUCAGGGACGGACCUCCCCGAGCAGCUGGAGAGACGGACUUCAGAGAACCCUCUGCUGAGGAAAGAGCACAAAGACCAAGGCUGCAGUUGAAGCCGCGCACGGUCAGCGAACCACUAAACCAAGUGGCCAACCCCAACUCGGCCAUAUUCGGCGGCGCCAAGCCGCGUGAGGAGGCCUAAGAUCUAAUGUAUCCAUGUGGCUGCAUUAUUCCGGAAGGCUAGACUGGAUCUACGGGCUUUGUUCACCAAAAAUCUUUCAAAGACGUCUUCCCAAAGAAAAAAAAGCUGGCGGGGCAGCAGGGUGCUGGGCUUCUCUCUCAUCCCUGAAUACCAACACGGGCAAAAAACAAAAUAACAAAUAAAAAUAACCAGCCCUCACCUGAUUGGCUAUGGAGCAGUUGGACCGAGGGUUUGUGGGAAACAUAGUCCCAGGUUUAUCUCCACCCUGUAUGCCCCUUCUUUGGGAACCCCCCCCCCCCCCCCUACCAGACCUUAACUAAACUCUGAGGACAGUGGCUGCAGUGUCAUGCUGUUGGCUUUGGGUAAGGACUGUAUCAAGUGUAAUGUGUUUCUUGCUUUCCCAAGGCAUUGUUUUGUGUGCUUGGUUUAAAAAGAGAAGAAGAAAAAGAAUAUGGAAAGAAAAAUAAGUCUGUUUUCGUAGUUCAUAGACACUCAGUCCCGAAGGUGUCUCUUUAAACGUUGACCUCCUAAAUUACUUCUCUAUUUGUGAAAUGAACUGUUUCCUCCUCACCAUUUCCACUGUCUGAACAGUUUCAAAUCAGAAGAGAAUAUGAACCUGAAUCAUUUUGUUGCAUUGUGUAAUUUCUGGGCGUAACCUUUUUGAAAGAUUUUUUGACCUAAGUCUGUUAAAUACCAGACAUGCUUUCUGUAAUAAUGAAGUAAGUGGUCCUCCUCACACAACCCCAUCCCUUUUCCCUCCCCUUUCCUGAAUAGGAGCAACAUGAAUGCACCAUAGGUUUGACAUGGCCGCACUAUGGGCUAAAAGCUACGUCUUUGUCAACCAACAUUCAACUUCCACGGCUUGAUGGUUAUGUAUUUAAUUCAAAACAGUGAAAUAAUAAACGGCGCUCACUUCAGUCAAAUGCUUUAUACAUAGGAAGCUUGUUGAACAAAACUCAACCGCUCUCACAUGUCAAACUAAGGUGACAGGCGCUUUGUCUGUCCAAUAGAAGAGUAGCUUAGAAAUCUCUCGGAUACCCAUGUGCCGCAACCAUUUUAUUUACAUUUUAUUGGACAUGAAAUGGAGAAAGUGACACCCUUUUCUUACUGUAUUAUAGAAAGAACAGCUGUUUUUAUUCUUUCUUUUUUGUUGUUGUUUUCAUUAUUUCCUACACUGUUUAUGGCAAUAAAAUGUAUCAUCUUACAGAGUUUCUAAUGAAUGUGUUCAAAGGGAGGGGAAGGGGGCUACCUUGACACGUUUUCCUCUAUUGUUAACUGAACAAAGAUGCCUAGUAGGAACGUAAGGCAGUCACGCUGAAUAAAUGUUAAAUAGGCCCCAUAUACUUUUUGAGUCAAUCAGAUCUCUCUAUGUACACAGGUAAAGAUGAACAUUUUAUGUGGCAUUCCUGGGUCGAAAAUAUAUGAGCAAAUUUCAUACGUGGCAGCUUAACACCAACACGUCAACCAUAUUGUGUGUUUCAUUCAAUUACAAAUAUAUAUAUAUAUGGUGGCAGAAGGGUGCUUUAGUUGUGUCGAACAUAGCCUACAACACGAUCUGAAUUCUUGGUUGUGUGUUUGAUCUAAUGAAAUCCGUUUCAAUGAGAUCAGCGACAUGCCUUCAACAUAAAAGCGAACCCCCAGACCACUGUACUCUUCAAACUUAAAACGGUUGAAUAAACAGGUUUACUGAAUCAAACUGCAUAGCCUACAAGGUGGUGAAAUUUGCCAUCUAUAUAACACAACGGUACUUGUGUGCUUCUAAUAGGCGAUUCUCGCCACCCUUCUGAACAAGUUAGUAGCCUAUAUGGAUUGGGACGAAUUUCAGGGGGUAAGAGUUCAGAGUGAAAUGUGAAGACGCAGCCUCUAAAGUGGUCAAGUGUCAUGGGGCUUUAACCUCACAGUCCGGACAAAACCAUCUCCAGACAAAUCCAGAUCGAGGGUUUAACUGAUGCACACUCCUAGUGUGUAUUUUGUGUGAUCCAGGUACAGGGCACUUAGUUAUGCUGUUCAAAGUUUGUGAUAGUGAGAGUAUCUGUGAUGCUAUGGUCCUUAUGGAACGGACAGGCACAUGGUUUAAAGUUUGUGCGUGUUUAAUUUAUUUUCCUCAACUACCCAUAUUGAGAUGAUGGUUUCUUUAGAAACGUCAAGCUGCAAACAGGAACAUUAAGACAAGGUAAAAUUGUUUUUUUUUGUUUGUGAAUGACUUUUAAAUAAAAGAUAAUAAACUGAAA